AUGUCCGCCGAAAAACCAGCUGAAAAUAGAUUAUGGGGUGGUAGAUUCACCGGAGCCUCAGAUCCAUUGAUGGAUUUAUAUAAUGCUUCUUUACCAUAUGAUAAAAAGAUGUAUCAAGCCGAUUUAACUGGUACUAAAGUUUAUACUGAAGGUUUGAAUAAACUUGGUUUAAUUAAUUCAGAAGAACUUAAAGAAAUCCACAGAGGUUUAUUAGAAAUCCAAAAGGAAUGGGAAACUGACAGCUUUGUGGAAAAGGCUGGUGAUGAAGAUAUUCAUACUGCUAAUGAAAGAAGAUUAGGAGAAAUUAUUGGUAAACAUAUUGCAGGUAAAGUUCAUACUGGUAGAUCCAGAAAUGAUCAAGUGGCUACCGAUAUGAGAAUAUAUGUUCGUGAAAAUUUAACUCAAUUGUUAGCUUUCUUAGCUACUUUUAUUGAAACUAUCUUGAAGAGAGCUGAAAGUGAAAUCGAUGUCUUAAUGCCAGGUUACACUCAUUUACAAAGAGCCCAACCAAUCAGAUGGUCUCAUUGGUUAUCUUCAUAUGCUACAUACUUCACUGAAGAUUACAACAGAUUAAAGCAAGUCUUAGAAAGAGUUAAUAAAUCCCCAUUAGGUGCCGGUGCCUUAGCUGGUCAUCCAUAUGGUAUUGAUAGAGAAUAUUUAGCUGAAGGUUUAGGAUUCAACUCUGUUAUUGGUAACUCUCUUACAGCUGUCAGUGAUCGUGAUUUCGUGGUUGAAACUUUAUUCUGGGCUACUUUAUUUAUGAAUCAUAUUUCUCGUUUCUCUGAAGAUUUAAUCAUUUAUUCAACUGCUGAAUUUGGAUUUGUGAAAUUAUCUGAUGCUUAUUCAACUGGUUCAUCAUUAAUGCCUCAAAAGAAGAAUCCAGAUUCUUUAGAAUUAUUAAGAGGUAAAUCUGGUCGUGUUUAUGGUUCUUUAUCAGGUUUCUUAAUGUCUAUUAAAUCUAUUCCAUCGACUUAUAAUAAAGAUAUGCAAGAAGAUAAAGAACCACUUUUUGAUGCUUUAACUACUGUUGAACAUUCUAUUUUAAUUGCUACCGGUGUUAUUUCUACUUUAAAUAUUAAUAAAGAAAGAAUGGAAAGUUCUUUAACUAUGGAUAUGUUAGCUACUGAUUUAGCUGAUUAUUUAGUUAGAAAAGGUGUACCUUUCAGAGAAACUCAUCAUAUUUCUGGUGAUUGCGUUAGAACUGCUGAAGAGUUAAAAUUAUCAGGAAUUGAUAAAUUAAGUUUACAACAAUUCCAAGAAAUUGAUGCUAGAUUUGGUGAUGAUGUUAAAGAAGUUUUCAAUUUUGAAACUAGUGUUGAAAGAAGAGAUGCUACAGGUGGUACUGCAAAAUCUGCUGUUUUCAAGCAACUUGCAAACUUAAAAAGUCAAUUAAAUUAG